UGGAGCGGAGUUUCACCACAGUGCAACUGCAACCACAGCUUUAGGCAGCAGCAGCUCCCUGCUACCUGCCAGACUACAAAACAAACGAGAUACCGCGUCUUCGCUGCCGUUCGAUUCCUCCGAGGAAGACCUUUUUUAAUAUUGUACAGACAAGGAAGAGCCGACCUUUGUUUUCUUUGAAAGUCUCUAGAACCGAACGAAAGCGCCGAGAUGUUAAUGUUGCCGCUUGUCGUUAUCAUCUCGGGAAGUUUCAGCAUGGUCCUCUCAUCCUGCCCGUCGGAAUGCGCCUGUCCCCGGGAGGUGCCCAGGUGCGCUCCGGGCGUCAGUCUUGUUCUGGAUGGAUGCGGCUGCUGUCGAGUCUGCGCCAGGCAGCUCAACGAGGACUGCAGCAAGACCGAGCCCUGCGAUCACACCAAGGGGCUGGAGUGCAACUUCGGAGCUAUCCUGGGGGCUCCGAGAGGCAUCUGCCGAGCCAAGUCAGAAGGAAGACCCUGUGAAUACAACAGCAAGAUUUACCAGAAUGGAGAGAGUUUCCAGCCGAACUGCAAGCACCAGUGCACCUGUAUUGACGGGGCUGUGGGGUGCAUCCCACUGUGCCCUCAGGAACUGUCCCUGCCCAACCUGGGCUGUGCCAAUCCCAGACUAGUGAAGGUGACUGGUCAGUGCUGUGAGGAAUGGGUUUGUGAUGAAGGCAAGGUGCCCGAUUCCAGGGGACAGCUGAGCAAGACCUUUGACAAAGACAUCAAGCCUGAAGACUCAGACAAUCACCUCACCAACAUCAACGAGCUCAUUGCCAUAGUCAAGGGAGGUCUCAAGUCUCUGCCUGCCUACCGCCAGCUUGAGAGCCAUACGUUUGACAGCCAGAAGUGCAUCAUCCAGACCACACCUUGGUCACAGUGCUCGAAGACCUGCGGCACGGGCAUCUCCACUAGGGUUACCAACAACAACAGGGACUGCAAGCUGGUGAAGGAGACGCGCAUCUGUGAAGUCCGGCCCUGCACCCAGUCACCCUACACCAGCUUAAAGAGUGGAAAGAAGUGCAGCCGAACGAGGAAGUCCAGCCAGGCCGUGAGGAUCUCGUAUGCGGGGUGCUCUAGCCUGAAGAAAUACCGGCCCAAAUACUGUGGUUCCUGUGCGGACGGGAGGUGCUGCAGCCCCCAGCAGACCCGCACGGUCAAGGUCAAGUUCCGCUGUGAGGACGGGGAGGCCUUCAGCAAGCAGGUCAUGAUGAUUCAGUCCUGCAAGUGCACCUACAACUGCCCUCACACCAAUGAAGCCUCCUACCCCUUCUACAGACUCUUCAAUGACAUCCACAAGUUCAGAGAUUAGCUCCACUGGGAUGGCGAAAGACUCACAGCAGCGUCCAUUGAAACAGAGACUAAACAAUGCAAAUGGACUGAACGCCGCCUUCUUUCGCCACAAAAUUCCCAAGGAAUUAUGGACAUGCGCCAUGAGGACUGGGUGAAGUGCACUGUGUAGCUGGACAACAGAACAGCACUCUUAUCAUUUCUGUAAAAAAAACGCUUCAUAAUACUGGAGCAUCAGUGGUAGCUUCGUUCUGGAGCAAACUGUAAUUAGGGCUGUAGAAUUUGUUUCUUAAUACUGACUCUUGUGUAUAUUUUGUAAGUUUAAGACAUGACACAAACUGUAGAUAAUUGUUCUAGAUAUAUAUAAACAUAACUUAAUUGUGUGUACUAUUACCUGUAUCCCAAGAGAGACACCACCAUGAGCUUGUGCAACAAGCCAGUGGCGACAGUCCUUGCUUAUGUGAGCACUAGAGUUCACGGAUGUGGCAGCUAUCAAUUAUCUCUUCCAGAAAGACAUUGAAAGAGCAAAUGGAGAUACUUUUUGUCAAAGAAUGAAUGUUAUUUUUAAUAUUAUUUAUCAAAAUGUAGCUACUUUAUUUGGAUAUAAAAUCUCAUACUGGAAUAAAUUGUAAAAAAGGAUUUAAUUUUAUAUUGUUCAAAAUAAAAAAGGAUUUAUUUAUGAAACUUA